AGAAUAUCGACCCUAGCUUCCCUGGCCUGCUGACAUGAGGGUAUGUCUACAGAAUAUAUUAAUUGAUGAAAAUUGGGCUGUCUGCACUCUCAAAGUGCAUAUUGUUGCCAAAUGUAUUUCAUAUGCUGUAAACCUAGUUCAUAGUUGUUAGUUUCCUUUAAUGCCAAACAAACACAUACCAAUCGUUGGUUAGAAGGCGAUCGCCGGAUUCGUCCUCGCUUUCUCCCGUGUCGCUGGCUGUCGUGUCGUUUUCGUGGGUUUCGCUUGCAUACGGUUCAAACCGAUAUGGCUCAAUAGCUUCAGUUUCUUCUUCAAUUUGGUUUUUGCUACCUGCCUCCACACUACAACCAUCCGUUUCAAUACAUGCGUAAUCUGUUGAAUCGCUUAAGCCGCUGAAAUCCGAGUCUGAAUCCGAGCUAAUGUUGCUAUAGCUUGCUGUUCUAUCCGCCAUGUUUGUUUGUGUUGGCUUCACUAUGUGACGUCACAGGAAAAUGGACGGGUGUAUAUAACGAUUGUUAAAAUCAGGCACUUUGAAGCUUUUUUUAGGGAUAUUGCGUGAUGGGUAAAAUUUUGAAAAAAACUUCGAAAAAUAUAAUAAGCUACUGGGAACUGAUUUUUAAUGGUUUUAACCCUUCUGAAAUUGUGAUAAUGUUCCCCUUUAAGAACAAUAAAUUAGUUUUUAGUAUAAGUUUGCUGGUUUCAAGAAAUGUAAUGCUAAGCGCAUAUCAUUAUGUCAAGAUAAUGGCACUAGAAUAUUUUUCAACAUAUUGAGCAAAAAGGUCUCUUUUUUUUCUCCUUAGAAAAGUGCACUUGUUAUUAGUGAGAAUAGACUUAUUUUAAGGUAUUUUUGGCUUCAUUGAGGUUAGCUAAUUUGACUUGUUUUGGAAAGUCUUGACAAGCCAAAUGUUCUUGUUCUAUUGGCAGAUAAUUUUGCUUAGUUCAAAUAAAAUACCCCUCAUUUUUGUAUUAUUUCUUCUUGUUUUUGAACACUGACUUUUUGCAGUGAAGUGACUGGUCUAGUGUUGUACAAUCUGGUCUGAAGCAGUAAAAGGAGCUCAUCUUAGCAUUUUCCAACCAAAAUGUCCCCGGGAGGACAAAAUGUCACAAGUGGUGCCUGACAAAGAUGGACAGAACGCAGCUUGAUGAUCACGCGACAUUGCAUGUUACUGUGGGUGUGUGUGUGUGUGUGUGUGUGUGUGUGUGUGUGUGUGUGUGUGUGUGUGUGUGUGUGUGCGUGCGUGUGCGCGCUCGGGCCUAAAUCUGUUGAUCCUGUUUGGCCGCCCGUGGCCAAAUAGCCGUGCUCGCUCGCCGCGGCAUUCCAAUAUCCCGAUUAUCCCGCCAGAAUACCUCAGUCUGCUUAAUCACGCUCUUGAUCUGUUGGACGCCAUUGUGUCAGAUGCCGCUUAAUGCGCUUCCUGCUCGAGUGGCUCGCUCUCUCUCAAGGCAAAUUAUGUGCAUAUUUUGCCGGCGAGGAAGGUGACAUUUUACGGCUCGGAGAGAGGGGCGCUACUGAAGGGGGGCCAGAAUGCCGGAGCAGAGCAACGACUACCGCGUGGUGGUGUUCGGGGCAGGGGGAGUCGGGAAGAGCUCCUUGGUGUUGCGCUUCGUCAAGGGCACCUUUAGGGACACGUACAUUCCCACCGUGGAGGACACGUACCGCCAGGUGAUCAGCUGCGACAAGAGCGUGUGCACGCUGCAGAUCACCGACACCACCGGGAGCCACCAGUUCCCCGCCAUGCAGCGCCUGUCCAUCUCCAAAGGCCACGCCUUCAUCCUGGUCUACUCCAUCACGAGCAAGCAGUCCCUGGAGGAGCUCAAGCCCAUCUACCAACAGGUCCUGGCCAUCAAGGGCAACGUGGAGGCCAUCCCCAUCAUGUUGGUGGGCAACAAGAGCGACGAGACCCUGCGCGAGGUGGAGACCAAGGACGGCGAGGCCCAGGCCAACCAGUGGAAGUGCGCCUUCAUGGAGACGUCGGCCAAGACCAACCACAACGUCACCGAGCUCUUCCAGGAGCUCCUCAACCUGGACAAGAAGCGCAACAUGAGCCUCAACAUCGACGGCAAGCGCUCAGGGAAGCAGUCGCGCGCCGAGAGACUGAAGGGCAAGUGCAGCGUCAUGUAAGCGGCCGGCCGGACGAGGGGGGAAGCGGAAGAAGGAAGACCGAACGGGAAUCAUUCACAUCCUCCCCCAAACAUGACUCGGCGGCGGAGACGAGGCUGGUUGCCGUGGCGACGUAAAAAUUCGGGAUGCAAGCAGGAAGGACUUGCCUGGUGUGGGCGGGGAAAAAAAGACCACAGACUCGCCUCGCUCUCCUCCUUGGCGUUCCUUUUGGGAAAUACCUCCCUCUUCCCGACCACACCUCUUUUAUCAUCAAAGAGUUGCUUUGUCCUAUGAGGCUUGAGAGCAUGAACGCCACACGGCACGCAUCGGAAAGGAAGCUCCCGAGGAUGUAAAUAAAACAACUCAUCGCGACUAAAAAAAACAAAGCGCCCCAUCCUCAUCGCGUUAUACCACAAACAACAAAGAUCCUCUCCACACAUUCAUCACUCGCCACCAAAAGUGGUAAAACACACACACACACUAACACACACCACACAACGCAACAAUCCUUUUAAAGACUCUGAAAGCCACAUUUGGGGGUGGGGGAGGAGAGAUCCUCUGGCCUUUGCUUGUUUGUUUGAGUGGACGAUCCACUCGUAGGAUUAUUAUUGCCCAGCCGGUGAGACUCAAGCGAUGAUUUCUGGUUGUGAGCUGGAAGAAUGUUUGAUUGCCUUGUUUUUGACGCUUUUUGGGUUUAUGUAAAGCAGCGGUGACCAAUUCACAGCGGUGGUCGAUACAUACAACACAUGUGCAUCUCAAUAAAUAAGAACAUAUUUAAAAAGUUAGUAGUAGUUACUAUAUUCUAUAUAUAUAUAUAUAUAUUUACAACACACCGACUGAAAUAUCUCAAGCAGACCUUUCUUCAUAAUUACGAUUAUAAUUUACUGGGGAUUUGUAUACAUAUUUUU